AUGUCGCGCCGUGCUCCUCCGCCGAUUGAUGGUUUGUACUCCUUGAAGGUUGACAACAUCUCCUACAACACAACACAGGCGGAUUUGCGCAGAAUGCGGACAAGGAGAUGCUGUCGCCACCCUCUAAAAAAACAUUUUUGCCCCACUAUAACGCAAGAUUCUUUGGCGCACGAGCACGCGAAUGAGCCGGGCAUGAGCAAGACGAAGACAUCGAAAGUGUGA